CUCCGAAAUGUUACCAGUUUUUGUUUCAUCCAAGCCCUAAAAAAAAAAAAAAGACUCGGUGAGGGUUUAAAGGAAGAUAGCUUAUUCCGUUCGUUGGAUUCUAAAUUUACUUGCGAUUAUUAACUAGUCUUUAUCAGCGCAAUUCUUUCCUCAGAAAAUGAACUCAGUCGCUAUCCGAGUCUCCAAGCUUCUCAGAUCCUCCGCCUCUCCCAUCUCUCCUCUCGCAGUAAGUGCUGGGAAAGGCUCGAGGUCUUGGUUCUCAACUGGUCCCAUCGAUGAAGAAGGGUUGGAAGAAGAUUUUGAAGAAACCAUCUCAGAAAGACCCGAGCUUCAGCCUCACGGUGUCGAUCCCCGUAAAGGUUGGGGCUUUCGCGGCGUCCAUAGGGCCAUCAUUUGUGGGAAGGUAGGUCAAGCUCCGUUACAGAAGAUCUUAAGGAACGGUCGAACUGUAACCAUCUUCACAGUUGGAACGGGUGGCAUGUUUGAUCAGAGGCUUAUGGGAGCAACUAACCAGCCUAAACCUGCUCAGUGGCAUAGAAUCGCUGUGCACAACGAAGUUCUUGGCUCUUACGCUGUCCAAAAGCUCGCCAAAAACUCAUCGGUUUAUGUGGAAGGUGAUAUUGAGACUAGAGUCUAUAAUGAUAGCAUCAGUAGUGAAGUCAAGAGUAUCCCUGAGAUCUGCAUUCGUCGUGAUGGGAAGAUUAGGCUGAUCAAAUACGGGGAAAGCAUUAGCAAGAUCUCUUUCGAUGAGCUAAAAGAAGGAUUGAUUUAGUCGGAGCAAGAAUAUAACGGUGGCGGGAAGACACUGAAUCAACGGUCUCCUGAGUAAAAUCGACAAACCCGUUCUUUUUUUUGUUUUCCUGUCCUUUGUGAGAGAACUGAGUUCAUUUACAUGGAUAUUAGGGACAUUUAUGUAAUUGUCGAUCAAAACUAAUCAGUUCUGCCUCGGUUUCUUAGUACAUGUUGCUCGACAACAAACACAUUUGGCUAGAUGCUUUACCAUUGCUGUAAGACUGUCUAUCAGUAAUUCGAAGCAUUGCCUAAGCUUCAACUUCUGUUGCAGUGGAUGGUUGGUUCUAAAGAUGUUAAGAUAGUAUAACCCACCCCAUUUAAGAUCCACUCCAUUUGAACAAAUAUACGUUUAGACUCAUUUUAAAAUAGGUCUUUUAGGACUAUCCAUUUAGUAUUCGCG